AUGGCUACAGCGUCACCGAAUUCUCUAAUGAACAAGAAAAGAGCCAACUUUGUUCGCAUUUCUGGCAUUGUUAGGUUAUAUGCUCGAAUCCUACAAGAUAUUCUAUAUGUAGAACAACCGAACCCAAAAAUGUUGAAGAAUACCAUUCUUUCAAGUGCUGAAUUAAGGGAAAGAUUAUACAAAAAAGAAAAUGAAGAUAUCAUUGACAGUUUUUCCUCUCUUGGAAAUUAUGAGAAAUGUGAUAUUACGCUUUCAUAUUCCAUUAUAAGAAAUGUCUGCAUUCAAAUAAAACCCACACAAAAAUGGGGUAUUAAAAUGUUACCACCUGACCUGGACAUGACUGUUGGAGAUGAUAUAGAGAGAAUUAGAAUAACGAGAAAUAGUGUAUUUGCACAUAAUAUCUCAAUGGAAAUUCGAAAACAAAACUAUAAAGAAUUUCUCAAAAUUGCAAAGGGCAUUUGUUCUAGAUUAAAACGAUUUUCUCAAGGAAGAGAUUACGUGGAAGAAUUGAGAGAAAUAGAGGAGUCCAGAGUGGAUAACGUGCAAGUGCAAGAGCUAAAAAAGAGUCUUGAAGCUCGUAUGGAUGUUGUGAAAAAAGAUAUCAAAGAUAUCAAGGCUAGACUCCAGCCUGCGAAUCAUUGUGAAGAAAAACGUCAUCUGAUGUGUGAUGUAGUGAAAAAUAUUUUGGAAAGAUAUACCGGAAGGACACCAGUUCGAAUACAAGCUGUAGAAACUGAUUUUAAACAUUUUUUUCGCUAUGAGAAAGAACAUAUCGAAACAUUUAAGAGCAUUACUGGUACUACAUUCUUGGGUUUUCUGAAAAAUAAUCAAGAGAGAUUUCAUAUCCAGCUUGAUAACACACAAUGGCUAUGUAGUUUAGUACAAACAUCUUCAGGGGAAAAUAUUUUGGGACAAAAGAAAGUCGACAAUAUACCGCAGAUUAGUCAGACUGAUGCUGUCAAUGUAAAUUUGACUGAUGUAACACCAAAAGCACCUUUUCCAGUAUAUUCAAAACAGCAUAGGAAAACAAAAUCAAGGUUUUCAAGCAAAAAUCUGAAACUAGCCCCAGAUUACUGUGAUGAUAAUAAUUCUUUGGAAGAGGGUACAACAAAAUCUGAUCUGAAUUCAAAAUUGUAUAUGAGAGUAAAGGAAAGUAGUCCUGAUGCUCGUUUUAAAGAGCCUGCAACAAUUUCAAAGCAAAAACCAUCUACGAAUCUAAAUAAUUCACAACAUAAUUCACAAAGUAUCUCUAAAAAAGUAGAAUCAUUUUUCGCCAGUGUGAAUUAUUUCAAAAAAGGUGCUUUUGUACUUGUAGUUGGGAAGGUCACAGUAAUGAAAGAAAUAGAGACAUUAGCUUUUAUACCAUGGUUAUGUGUUUAUGAUUUUGAUACAUCAAGUCGCAAAGAUGGUCUGAUGUCUAUUCUUGAAAAUCAACUGCAUGGAGUCUAUCCGUGCACCUGGAAUGAUGAACCCAGAUUUUCGCAUUAUGUAACUCAGUGGUGCCUUAUUCGUGGAUCGGUCAGAGAACCUGAUACAUGUGUUAAUGGAAAAGUUAAUGACUGGAGCAAAAUGAUAUCUAAAAAGCUGGAGAACAAUCUAAAAAACCUUGAUCAGUAUGUCAAAGAUCAAACAUUCAUAAAAGUUGUGGUGCUUUGGCCUGAAUUGCCGGAAGAUGCUUAUUUCAUUCAAAGGCUUUUGAGUAAAAUGCAUGAAAUUAUGGACCCAUCACCAGAAGUGUAUGUUCUCGACCUCAAUGAGAAGCAAGACAUAUCAGCCGAAGAAAGCUUUCUUCUUAAACAAAUAGAUCCGACAUUGACACUUAGAUCAUCACGAAGUGAGCUGUUCCACGCAAUAUGCCUGCAUGUAAGCGGCGUUCAAAAUCAGAAAAGUAAUAGCUAUAUAUUACCAACUUUCGAUGGCUCAAAUGAUCCAGGAAUCGAUGAAAAUACUUCUAAUUAUAUGAAAGAGUUUUUGGAUAUCCUUUAUAUUGAAGACGUAUCAGGAUUAACUUACGAACCACACGAUUUGCAGACAGAAGGUGAGGAAUUUUUGAGAGGGGGUACUUUAAAAUGGUCUGUUUACUACGCAUGUGGUGAUCCUGGGCUUUUCGAUGUGAAACGUGAUCAAAUGGCUUCGAUUAUCAGACACAUUGAUGAAAAGUUUAUAAAACAUGCGACAUCUGGUAUAAUAGAAAUUUAUCAUUCGCCUGGUUCAGGAGCUACAACACUAGGAAGAAGAAUCAUUUGGGAAUUGAGAACAAAAAUACCAUGUGUGCAAUUAAAAUCCAGUGCUUUGCUUAAACACUUCGAUAUUGCCGAAAACUUAAAAGUUCUUAGUGAAAAAACACAAAUGCCGAUUCUUAUAUUGUUAGAGGGCGUCGAAGCAGAAGUUCUCUACCUUUAUAAGCUUUUAAAGAUGCAAAGUGUCGUUCCAAUUUUUCUUUACCUAAGGAGAGCAUAUCAAAAUGUUGAAAGGAAGAAAAACAUGAUAGGCCAGUUUCAUCUGAGGGAGCAUGUUUCCAUAAAGGAAGCUAAUCAAUUCAUAGUGAGGUAUCAGCCGUUUUGUGAUACCGACGAAAAAAUGGAAAAUCUUCAAACCAUGUUUGAAAAUGUGAAAACGGGACAUAGACAUAAUGUUUUUGAAUUUGGGUUAUCUACCUUUCUACAUGAAUUUAAAGGAAUAGAUUCAUAUGUCAAAGGGUAUUUAAACUUUGAAUCAUGUGCUUCAACGACAGAUAAGAAAAUGAAUUUGAAUCCUAUGCAAAGAAUGCUUGGUUACCUUGCUUUGAUAUACUACUAUGGACAUACCUCAGUACCAUGUCUCAUUUUUUCCAAUGUCCUUAAAAAGCCCAGCAACUUUAUUCUUGAGUUUGAGGACCUUCCUUAUGAGGUCCAGAAACUUGCUGUCGUCGACACCCAACAUCAGCAUAAACAGCAUAUCAGAAUAUGCCACCAGUUGAUGGCAAAGGAAAUUUUGGAACAAAUUCUUACAAGAAAGUUUCUUCCAAGAUAUUCCUUUAGAAACAAACAGUUGAGUGAAACUGCUUGCAGAGAACUAAAGAAAUUUGGGCUAGAAUUUAUAUCCGAAAUGGCCUCGAAGCAAUGUUCAAAUUAUGACAAAAGGAGUAUAAUAAUUGACACUUUCAUCAAAAUUUUUAUACAGAGGAGUGAUUUAGAUGCGAAUGAUUGUGAUAAUUUUAUGAAGAAAAAACCUAAAUUUUCGAGGAUUAUAACAGAUAUUGAGAGGUACUCUUCGCCAUCUGAGGGAAUAGAGAUUCUUCAAAAGUUAACACAACUAUUCCCAGAUAAUGCCAGCUUCCAUGCCCAUCUUGGAAGAAAACAUUCAAUAUGUUUUCCAGAUGACGAAGAUGUGGCAGAGGCUUGUUUUAAAAAGGCUCUCGAUAUAUGCAAAUAUGACAAUGGUAGAAUCAUAAAAGAAGACAACAUGGAUGAAAAUGCCACUCUGCGAAUGGUGCACCAUAUGUAUGGAAUGCAUUUCUUUAAACGCAUAUGUCGGAGAACAAAAAAUAGUCAAGAGUUUCCUUUUGUAGAGAUAAUAAACAUGAUUUUGGAGUAUGCAUACAAGGCAUGCUCUCACUUUGAAAUUUCUCGAGAAUAUUCUCACAUUGGACAUGAGGAGCUUUAUGGAUUAAGUGGAGAAAUAGGUGUGCGUAUAGAAGUGUGCAACUACAUUAAAACACAUUGUGGUAAAGAAUCCUUAAAUGUCAGGUCAAGGAAAACAGAGAUAGAUGACAAAAUAAGGUUCAUUAGAGAAAGUAUGACAUAUGUUUUAGAUCUCAUUACCCACUCUUACAGCGUGGUUGAAGAAGCAGACUUCCCCAAUGAUAUGGUGAACAAUAUUCGCACAUAUCGGGAUUUAUUUCAGGGAAAUGUAGCAGAAAUGAUUUGUACAACUGGCGUAGCAGUUGAUCACGAUGAAAGAAGGCGCCGAGUAACAGCGAUAAAGCGAAAAUAUGAUGUUUUUGAUAUACUCUCGCUGAAUAAAAAGGCAGAUACAACGGAUGUUCGAAGCAUAGUUAGAUUGCUUGAGGAAAAUUUCCGUGAUGUUGGCCAUAAAGGGUUGUUAGCGAAAGGCUUAUUUGAAUCGGACUACAAAGACUGGAUAAAUGCAAUAAGGUUAACUCAAAAUGACAUACCAUACUCUUUGAAUUCAGUAAUGAACACUGUUAAAGAUUGGUGUACACAUUUAAAUACACCAACAUCAAAAUUCUAUCUUUUUAUACUACAUAUGUUAAAGUUGAUGUCAGAUCAACAUCCACAUGAUCUCUAUGCUGCUAGGGAACUGCGUGAAGAAUUGAGAAAAUUCACCAAACAUUACUCUAAUCCACGAAGCCCACGGGAAUACCUAGGAAGGGGUAAAGAUAUAAAAUGUUUAAUUCCUGCAAGGUUUAUGAAAAGAAUCCCAGAAACAAAUUUUAAGGAAGUCACCAUCUGUAAAGGGGUUGCAAUGACGCCUAGACUUUUGAAAGGGACAAUAAAAGGGCAGAACACGAAGCCUCAAACAGGAUUUAUUGCACUCGAAGUUUGUAACGAUUUAAAUCAACUCGACAUCUUUUUUGUUCCAAUCCGUACACGAGAAAAAUUGGUAGGCAAAAGUUACGAAGGGAGAAGAGUAGAAUUUAUUUUAUCAUUCAACAUCAAUGAUGGAUAUGAAGCCUUCAAUGUGAAACUUCUUCAAAGUUUGGCAUGCCCUGAAUGUAAACGGUCAAUAGAGUUUACCUCUGAUGAUAACAAAAUGAAAUGUCAGUGUGGAAAAGAAAUACGCAAACCAGAAUGAUUUGCUUCUCUUUUUUCAUUAUUGUUAACGCCUUUUUUCUUGUGCAUGUACAGUACCCAUUUUCUCUGAGAAACUGGUUUUGUAUUCAAAGUAUUACUUUAAAAUUAAUAAUUGUUUUACUUGUGCUGUAUAUUUUGCUUUUCGAAUGAGAAU